UAAUUCACUCUUUACUCUUUUCAUAAUGGGCGCCAAACCUAUGCCCAAAUUUAAUUGCGAAAGUGACUUGGAUAGUCAGCAAUUUCUCUACUGGAAACGAAACGCAGCGUUUUAACUUCUCCUCCCGGGCUCUCUCUUCCCUAACCCCGCUUCUGCCGCCAAAACCCUAUCAGGAAGUGCAUCAAUUAGUGCGAGUCCAUCGCAAAGAUGAAGUCAGUCAUAGGUAGCGGUGCCGGUGAGGUGAGUCUGUGCUUUCCUUGUUUUAGUUAUGUCGGUUUUAACUCGUAGAGGCUGCAAUCACAAUUAUUCAUGUCAGAAAUCAAUAUAACGAGAGUUUGCGUUAAACUAUGGUUUUGCUGCUCUUGAAGGUAAAAAAGAGAGUUAAAACGUGCCCCCUUAUUUGAAGCUUCUCAAAUGAAUUAAAUUUGUAACUGGCUAGCCUUGUAUCCGAGAAUAUUUUCUUGGUGUAAUAGCACGAAUUGUUGCGUUCAUUUCCUCCUAACCCCAGUUGGCGGGAGUGUCUUCUUCUUGUCCUCUACAAGCUGGUGAGUGAAAUCUACAUACUGAACAAAACCUUGGAUACAUUGUUAUCAAUACUAUUCAACGAUUACGAUGUGUGGUUUUGUGUAUAGAAGGCUAGUAUAUGUACAAGUUUUGCCAAAUAUUUUUAGGUGUGUCGUGCAAACUAAUCAUGUGGAUUUGUGUUUGAGUUUGUUGCCCACUAGCAUCAGAUCAUUCUCAACGGAAAUCCAACAAGUUAAAAAGGAUUACUUAUUUACUGUGUCAUACCUCAUAAACUCAUGUGGGUUGUCCCCAGAAAAAGCAAAAUCUGUCUCCAAAAGAAUCAAAUUUCAAUCUGCUGAACAACCAGAUUCAGUCUUGAAAGCUCUAAGAAACCGUGGAUUUACAACUGCCCAUAUAACCAAACUUGUAGGAAUGCGCCCUACUUUACUUUUAGCCAAUCCAGAGAGGGCAAUUUUGCCUAAAUUUGAGUUUUUUAACUCUUUUGGGGUUACAGAUGCUGAGCUUGCGAGUGUUUGCUCUUCAACUCCAGCUAUUUUGGCUCAUAGUUUGGAAAAUCUACUCAUACCUAAUUAUAAAUUCCUGAAAAGUGUGCUUCUCUCUGACGAAAAUGUUAUUAAAUCUUUUAGAAAAAAAUCAUGGCUCUUUCAGCAAGAUCUGCAGAAGAAUGUGUCUCCAAAACUGACAGUCCUGAGAGAACUUGGAAUGCCUGAGCAAUUUGUGGCAUUGGUUUUAAAAUGUUAUGCCUCAAUAGUCAUCCAAAGCCGUGAGAAGUUUGACAAAAAUGUCAAGAAGGUGAUUGAAAUGGGUUUUGAUCCUCAUAAAUGUACGUUCAUCCAUGCGAUGCAGGUGUUUGCUUCAAUAAGUCAGUCAACUUGGGAACAGAAAUGGGACAUUUUCAGGGAAUGGAGGUGGUCUGAUGAUGACAUUAUGUUGGCGUUCAGAAAACACCCCAGUUGUAUGAAUGCCUCUGAAAGCAAAAUUGUGAAUGGAAUGGAUUUUCUUAUGAGCAAGAUGGGUUGGCAGUCCACAGAUAUUGCCUCGUAUCCGGAUGUUUUCAUAAUGAGUUUGGAGAAGAGGGUAAUACCAAGGUGUUUGGUUAUUAAAGUUCUACAGUCGAAGGGGUUGGUGAAAAAUCGUAUACGCAUUGGUUCAUUUCUAAGACCUGCAGAUAAGCUAUUCUUGGAUAGGUUUGUGACAAAGUACUUGGACCAGGUUCCUGAAUUGAUGAAUAUCUACCAGAGGAAGGAAGGCUUUCAGGCUCUUGAUAUGAAUUUCUAUGUUUCUUCCAGCAAACUGUAGCAUGUCAACUUUCCAAAUCUAGAUGAUUGUAUAAUCUCUAUUUGAUGGUCAUUAAAUUUUAGAGUUUUAGUUUAUCGAACAAUGUUGAUUUAUUUCAGUAGUUUUGGGAAUAUCAUUUGGUCAAUUUCCAAUUUGCACUUAA